AUGGACAACCAGCGUAGCUCUCUUAUAAGUUGGGCUAACUACUUCCAAGGAAAGUCAAUGGAGGAGCUGAGGCAGUCUAUCAUAUACUUAACUGUGGAGCUGGAACAAACAAGGGCUGCAGUGCAAGAAGAGCUCAGAAAGAGGGAUGACCAACUACUCAACCUAAAGGAACUCCUCAGCAAAACCAUGAGAGAGAGAGACGAAGCACAAGAGAAAAGCCAGAGACUUCUCCUGGAGAAGAUAGUUUUCCAACAGCAACAACAAGCGGCUCCUGUGUCUGGAAUUUCUAGCAUUGAGGAUGAGCCAAGAAGAGGAAUCGACUCCAACAAUGGCCUCUCUUCAUCAGAUUGUGAAGAGAGCAUUGUUUCCUCUCCAGUCAUUGACCAUUUGUCUCAUCAUAAACUCCAAUUACCACCACAACCUCAAUUACCACAAUCCAUGAUUGAACUAACACCAGACAAACCAUUACCAGAAAAGGGUAAGCUCUUGCAAGCAGUGAUGAAAGCUGGUCCUCUCCUUCAGACCCUUCUCCUAGCAGGACCUCUUCCUCAAUGGAGACACCCUCCUCCACCACUUGAGUCCUUUGAGAUUCCCCCUGUCACCAUACCUUCACCACCACAACCACAACUCCUCCACCAAGAUUCCUUUCAUAACACUAACGGUAGCAGCACCACAACCAACUGCGGAAGGGUUAGUCGAAAAAGGGUCUUCUGUGAUGGUUCUGAUUCUCCCACCGAGACCAAGUACCAAAGGCUUGUACUUCACUGA